UACAUUUUACAUACAUAAGUAUAUUGUCGUAUAUCUGUUUUCAUGUAAUGAUAUGUCAGUUACUGGUCUUUUUAGGGGUUAUGCGCAUGCAUUUUAUAUUUAUUCUUAAAACUUUAUUUAGGACGUUGAAAGUCCUGCUAUAUUCCGCGUUAUAACAACACUUGAUCCGCUGUUGGCCGUGACCAGAGCAGCUUUCUGGAAGAGCUGCGCUGCUGGGAAUUUGACGCGCGCGACACAGCGCCACUGCACUGUCCGAGCUCGGCGAGAGGAGGCGGCACCGACCGCGCCGUCAGGGGGGGAUACUGUACACACACACAAGGCACACGCAGGCGAAGAAAAUGUCAUGCAAGCCUUGAAUACAGGCGGCGUGCGAGGCUGCUGCUGAAUAUCCGCCCCGGGUUAAACGCUCUGGCCUUUCUGUUUUUGGAUCGGGUCGGCUCUUAAAACAUGCUCGUGCGAGUCAGGGAAGCCGGCGUCCUUCACUCUCUCAAAUCCGCAAGAAACCAACUGGGGAGUUCGUGUGUUCCUGCGUGCCUUCCAGUUUAUCGUCGAGGUGGCAAUGUGCAGUAAGGACCGUGUUCUGGAGGCUGUGAAAUUACAGCCUCUGCGACUGUAAUACACAGAGUGUAGUAGAAAAGGCUGGGGGGUGGGUGGGGGGGACAGAAACUGGAGACAGCGCAGAGCAAAUACGGAACCGGCGUCUUUCUGUGUCUGUAUGCGUUUAUAUCCGAUAUCAGGCAUUAUCUGUGUCUGCGACCCUCGCUGAAAAGACUACAAACUAAGUGAGGUUACUACACGCUGCGAAGGAUGCAGGUGAAAAAACAGAGGUCCGCUGAUCGUAGCGCCGGGGACAUUCAACGAGAUGACAGCCAGAAAAAGUCGUCGUGUUUCUCCAACAUAAAGAUAUUCCUAGUAUCGGAAUGCGCCUUGAUGUUGGCGCAGGGUACAGUUGGCGCUUACCUGGUGAGCGUUCUGACCACGCUGGAGCGCCGGUUCAACCUGCAGAGCACCGACGUGGGCGUGAUCGCCAGCAGCUUCGAGAUCGGCAACCUGGCGCUCAUCCUCUUCGUCAGCUACUUCGGGGCGAAGGGGCACCGGCCGCGGCUGAUCGGCUGCGGGGGCAUUGUCAUGGCGCUGGGGGCGCUGCUGUCGGCGCUGCCCGAGUUCCUCACCCACCAGUACGAGUACGAAGCGGGGGAGUUCUGGCGCGGGGAGGAGGGCAGGGACGUGUGCUCCAACUCCUCGGCCGAGGGGAGGCCGGACUCGGGCUUUAUCUGCGGGAACAGGACUAACACCAACAUGAUGUAUCUGCUGCUGAUCGGGGCGCAGGUCCUCCUGGGGAUCGGAGCCACGCCGGUGCAGCCGCUAGGGGUGUCCUACAUCGACGACCACGUGCGGAGGAAAGACUCCUCGCUUUAUAUAGGUAUCCUGUUUUCAACCCUGGUGUUUGGACCAGCCUGUGGCUUCAUCCUGGGGUCCCUCUGCACCAAGAUCUACGUGGACGCGGUCUUCAUUGACACCAGUAAGCUGGACAUCACCCCUGAUGACCCCCGCUGGAUCGGAGCCUGGUGGGGGGGCUUCCUGCUGUGCGGUGCCUUACUCUUCUUCUCGGCCCUCCUGAUGUUCGGGUUCCCCCAGUCGCUGGCGGGGCAGGAGGGGGACGGCAGGGACGAGAGUGAACAGACCAUGCUGCCCGACAGCCUGCCCCGGGACUACGAGAGGCCCAAGCCCAGCAACGGGGUCCUGCGCCACACCCAGGAGCCCGACAGCAGCCCCUCGUGCUGCCAGCAGCUGCGAGUGAUUCCGAAAGUGACAAAGCACCUGCUGUCCAACCCUGUGUUCACCUGCAUUGUUCUGGCGGCCUGUAUGGAAAUCGCCGUGGUCGCGGGCUUCGCUGCUUUCCUGGGGAAGUACCUGGAGCAGCAGUUCAACCUCACAACUUCGUCAGCCAAUCAGCUGCUGGGUAUGACCGCUAUCCCGUGCGCAUGUUUGGGGAUCUUUCUGGGCGGACUGCUGGUGAAGAAGCUGAAUUUGUCUGCGCUGGGAGCCAUCCGCAUGGCCAUGCUCGUCAAUCUGGUCUCCACUGCCUGCUAUGUCUCCUUCCUCUUCCUGGGCUGUGACACAGGUCCUGUUGCCGGGGUGACCGUCGCUUAUGGCAACGAAACACUACAGGCUGAUAUGAAACCAGUUUCCUCGUGCAUUGCAAACUGCAACUGUCACACAGAUUCAAUCAGCCCAGUGUGUGGGUCCAAUGGUGUCACCUAUCUGUCAUCCUGUUUUGCUGGCUGCUCCAGAUCUAACCUCACGGGAUGCUCCUGCAUUUCUGCAGACAGGGCUGACAACGCAACAGCCGUUCCUGGGAAGUGUCCCAGCCCCGGCUGCCAAGAGGCCUUUCUAAUCUUCCUGUGUGUGAUUUGUGCCUGCAGUAUGAUUGGCGCCAUGGCCCAAACCCCCUCGGUCAUCAUCCUCAUCAGGGCGGUGAGUCCAGAGCUGAAGUCAUACGCUCUGGGAGUUCUUUUCCUCCUGCUGAGGCUUCUGGGAUUCAUCCCUCCCCCUCUGAUCUUCGGUGCUGGAAUUGACUCCACCUGUCUGUUCUGGAGCACUGUGUGUGGGGAGCGAGGUGCCUGCCUACUGUACGACAACGUGGCCUACCGCUACUUGUACGUCAGCAUCGCCAUUGCUCUCAAGUCUGUGGCGUUCAUUCUUUACACCACCACCUGGCAGUGCUUGCGGAAAAACUACAAAAGAUACAUUAAGAACAACGAGGGUGGCCUCACCACCGGCGAACUGUUUGCCUCCACCCUCACCUUGGACAACCUGGGCAGAGAAAUCAGUCAGAACCCAGCCAGCAGGACAAAGUUUAUAUACAACCUGGAAGACCACGAGUGGUGUGAAAAUAUGGAGUCUGUGUUAUAGCUUGGGCUCUAAACAGACACCAUAACAACGAGGAAAACGGAACAAAAUCCAAUACACCAGUCUUUGGACAGAUCACCUUUCUUUUUUUUUAAAAAAAAGAAAAAAAGUCUAUUUUAAGUCCUAUUCAGGCCCUAGAAAACAGUUGCUAUUCUUUGCCACAAAUCCAAGGUCACAGGUUAAGGGUCCAUUCCAUGUUCGAUUUGAUCUCCACAAGGAUGACAUCAGUGCAGAUGGUUUUCAGGAACCAGAUGUUCCAGUUGUCACCUCUUACUGAGCACUGACAGGCUGCGUCCUCAGUCUUGUUGGUGUUGAACCAUCUACCCUGAUGGCUCUGUGUUGCUCACAGAAAAAAAAAGAACAGUUUUCUUCAUUAUCCAAACUUUUCACUAAAAAAAGUGUCAAAUUUUU